CUAGGCACUAUUAACUAUCUUGCUGUCACUACUCAACCUAAUAUCUCUUUUGCCACCCAGGUGCUUAGCUCAUUCAUGCAUGCUCUUGGUGCAUGUUAUUGGUGCACCCUCAAGCAUCUUUGUUGUUAUCUCAAAGGCAUCAUGGACUAUGGAAUCGCAUAUCAUAGAAAGGGAGCAAGCCUAUUUCCUAUCAGCUACUUUGAUGUGAACUAUGUGAUUGAAUUGAACCACCACUCAUUGUCAGGAUAG